CAAUGCCCCACUCCUACUCUCCACUAAUUAUCAGCCACCAGUCCAUAAACAUUUUGCAAACCAUUUCUUCACCUCUGUUUCUGGAAUCCUCACCAUAACUACGGACUGUAUUCUUGGGUUUUUCUUAAAUUUGGGCUUAGAGGUGUGAGUGAUGAAGGCCUUAACCGGGUCAUCAUCUCUGAAGGUGGGGUGUUUGGAGAAGGAAAGAUGGAAACUUUUUGGGUCUCAAAAGCCGGAAAUUUGCUUUCUUGGACUGCCCGGUGGAAGGCGUAGUGGUAAAUUUAGCUGCUUUUCAUCGUUUGAACGCAAAAACAUUCGUCCCAUUUUUGCUGCUUCUUCUGAUCUCUCAUCAUCAGCUUUAAACUCUCAGACAGAGUUUCAAUGUGAAGAAAUGGAGUCCACCUCCACAGAUGAUUUCAAAACUGCCCGCGUAAAAUUUCAAUUACAAAGACAGUGCUCGUUUGGGCAGCACUUUUGGAUAGUUGGUGACGAUCCCAUAUUGGGUUCAUGGGAUCCAUCAAAUGCAGUGCCGCUCACCUGGUCAGACGGACAUGUUUGGACUGUUGAGAUGGAUUUUCCGUGUGGGAAAUCUAUCAACUACAAGUUCAUACUGAAAGGAGCUGGUAGUGCUAUCUUGUGGCAACCUGGCCCUGAUAGGGUUCUUGAUGUAUGGGAAACAAGCAACACGGUAACAGUUUGUGAAGAUUGGGAUAAUAUUGAACUUCGGAAGAUUAUGGAGGAGGAACUCUUAGCUGGAGAACGAGGAGAAUCUCCAACUAAUACAGAAGUGCAGCUGAUAGCUGAGAAUUCGACUCGGGAAAGGAUAGACACAGAUGCUAAUGCAAAUGAACCUGUUCAGAUAGUUGCGGAAAAUAUAACUGGUGCUGAUGAGGAUGUUAAUGCUAGUAAUGCAUCUGGUUCGAUUUUGAACGAUGCCACUUAUAUAGAAGAGACGGUGACAACAGGACCGACUGAUUUUGGCAAAAGUGGGAAUUUAAGUUCGAAAGGUGAAGCAUGUUUAGAUUUUGAUGAAGGGCUCCCUAUUUUGGUUCCUGGCUUGCAUCAAGUUUUAUCGGUGGAGACUGAAGCAAUGCCAUCGAACGAAAUUCAGGUGGAAAUUGUUGCUGAAAAUUCGCUUGGCUCCAGUGAAACUGAGGAGUUCAAGUUGCAAGAAGAGCGCUUAGAGUUGGAUUCGAAGGAAGAUUUUAAAAUGGACUCUGCAAAUGACGAAGAAACCUCAGAAAUGAAGACUACCAACAUCAGUGGAAUUGUACACCAGUUGGACUCAACGGAAGAUUUCCAAACGGACUCUUCAAAUGACGAAGAAACCUCAGAAAUGAAGACUACCGACAUCAAUGGAAUUGUACACCAGUUGGACUCAGAGGAAGAGUUUCAGACAGACUCUUCGAAUGACAAAGAAACCUCAGAAACGAUGUUUACUGACAUCAAUGGGAUUGAGGAUUACGGGAAUGUACAAGAGCCGGAGUUGGAAGAGUUGCAAGAGUAUCAGCGUGAUACGCAGCAACUCGAGACUAGAGUGACUCAAACUGACCUUCAAUGGGGUAGACGAACAAUCAAGAAAUUCCUUGCCAAUUUCGGGUGGUUGUAAAUAUCACCCAGAUAAACAAGACUUGCAAAACAUCAGUUCUUUGCAACUAGAUGAAAGAAGAGCAGCCAGGUAAAGAUGUAUCAAAGAGAAAACUUGUAGGGCUUACAGCUUUGAGUGAGGUUUGUAAUAUAGGUAAUGGUUUUGUACCUCAUUAGAGGGAGGUGUGCAAUCACGCAAUAAGAUUAUCUUUGUACCAUAAAA